UCUUCCUCGUCGAUAGUCUGACCAUUGAACAGCUGCCCUCGCGCGGCGCAACCAGACACACUCCUCCGGUGCCUCGUCACUCCGCGCUGGAAGAUGGCUACGGUGGAACGGGUCCCGGUCAGGGAAGGGAUCCGGAUAGUUUCGCUGUGUGUGUGCUGGUACACUGUCAGUUCGGGGGGGAACGUCAUUAACAAGAUCAUCCUCAAUGGAUUCCCGUACCCGGUCACCGUCUCUCUCUUCCACAUCAUCUCUAUCGUCGUCUUCCUCCCGCCGCUGUUGCGAGCAUGGGGAGUCCCCAAGACGGAGCUGCCGAGUAGGUUCUACCGCUGGUACAUCCUGCCCUUAGCCUUUGGGAAGUACUUCGCGUCGGUGUCGGCCCACUUCAGCAUAUGGAAGGUGCCCGUUUCGUACGCACACACGGUCAAAGCCACUAUGCCAAUAUGGGUAGUGUUGUUAUCAAGAAUUAUAAUGAGGGAGAAGCAAACCACGAAGGUUUACAUAUCGCUCAUCCCCAUCAUCGGUGGAGUGCUGCUGGCCACCGUGACAGAGUUGUCUUUUGAUGUGUCCGGCCUAAUCAGCGCUCUGGCAGCUACUCUUUGCUUCUCUCUGCAGAACAUUUUCUCAAAAAAGGUGUUGCGUGACACCAGAAUUCAUCACUUAAGGCUGCUCAACAUCCUUGGCUUCAAUGCAGUUAUCUUCAUGCUGCCCACCUGGGUUCUGGUUGAUCUCUCUGGGUUUCUUGUUAAUGGAGACCUGUCUGAUGUCUCAGGUUGGAUGGGCACCUUCAUUCUCCUGGUCAUCAGUGGCUUCUGCAACUUUGCCCAGAACGUUAUUGCCUUCAGCGUCCUUAACCUCGUCAGCCCCCUCAGCUAUGCCGUCGCCAACGCCACAAAGAGGAUCAUGGUCAUCAGCAUAUCACUUCUAAUGCUGCGGAACCCAGUCACCCUCACAAACGUCCUGGGCAUGAUGACCGCCAUCGUUGGGGUCUUUCUCUACAACAAGGCCAAGUAUGACGCAAACAAGCAGAAGAAGCUGCUGCCAAGCGACAAGCAGGAUCUUGGGUCCUUUGACAACCCAGUGCUGGAGAAGAUCCAGGCUAACGGGUCAGUGCCUUUCCCCCAUGGCUCAGAGCACAGCUGGAACAACGUGCUGACCGACCACUUCCAGUACAGCCGGCAGACCUACACGACAAACUACAGCAGCAACCCGCAGUAUGUGGUGUAAAGGGGGGUGUCGGUCCUCGCUCCGGGUCGCUGUCAUGGACUUUGUGUGUAGCUGCCCUUGGAGCAGCGGGUCUUCACCCCGCUCUAAAUACAAGACUGAAGGCAAGUGCAGUUUGCUGUUGAUAGGAAGAGUGAGCCAGUCAUGAUGGGCCAGCGACGUGUUCUCUCCAACACUCCUCUUUGUCAACUCUGUCAUUCUUUAUCAGUCUGCUACCAAACAUAUGUGAUGUUCUCUGAGAAAACAAAGGCAUAUUUACAGUUUAUGACAAUUCAGUGAAGGAUUAGACCAGGUGGCCAGUCGGUGGUAUGAGUUUAGGUUUCAUAAUCUGCCAUGCAUGGCUUUGGAUUAGUUAGUUCCCAAUCAGAGGAAAAGAUGUCCUCUUUAAUUCUGUUACAUUUUGUAACGAGCAUAGCUCAGUGUUUACUUCAUGAGGCACUAGUUACCAUGUGGAGACAAACACUUUUCACAUCAUCCUGAAUGAAUUGAUCAUGCUUAAUGUAUUUGGGGCCUAUUUGUCGACAGUGAAGAGUUUUAGGGCAUGUUCAUGUAGAAAAGGCAAGAAUGUUUUUGUAGAUUUGGAUUGAUUUGAUCUGCAUGGUUCUGUGAAUUAACGCCACAUCACCAAGUGAAGCAUUCCUCUUAUGUUCUUGGCUUUUGACAUUGAUGGUCAUCAAGGGAUGAAUCCCACUGAUUCAUUCCAUUUGAUAAUUCUAUGACUCAUGACUAUCAUUUAAAUUCACUUUGAGCAUUGGGUUAAAUUCCUGGGAACCAUCUUAAAGGCUACCUUUCCACCUAGUACAUAAAAGUGCCUGAUGAAGAAAAUGCCCAAAUUUAAAAAAGAAAAAACCUCAAAUUCAAGAUUGUAAACCUGUUAUAACAACUCAGCAAAAUUUCAGAGUUUACUCCUUUUAUGUCAGACAAUGUCAAGAUUUUUGAAUUGAGACAACUUUCACUAAAGAGUGAGACCGAGUUUGUUACCCAGUGAAGUCAAUGACCUCAUGCAUAUUCCCUCGAAAUAAGCUCUAAUGAGCUCUGAAAUUAGCUCUAUUUGAAAGAGCAUUAGUCAAUAAUUAGAAUUCACCAACAUCUACAUUGGUUCUUCGUCAUCUGUGUAAUGUGUUUUAGGAACAAAUCAUGUAACAAACAUGUAAAAAAUCUGUUAUUUUUCUGUCAUACUUUUGGAUGAAUUUGCAGAUUAAGAAUCGAUUUAAAACCUUGCAUAGUUUUUUAUUGAUUAUUGGUAUUUUUUCAUCUGCGAAGCAUCUCAGGCGGAGUGAUUCUCUCCUGUUGGACAACUUUCAGACUGAACAAAAGCUGCUCUGUCAUGUUUGUGCUUUUUAAACGGGCGUCUGUGUAGUUUGCACUUCAUGUUAUGCAGAUAAUGGCUAUUUAGUCCUAUGGUUUAAUUUUAAGCAUUUUUGUCACAUUGAUGUCAGACAGUCACUGGAUAGACUUGAUUUAAAUUAAGAUGUGUAAGAUAUCAGAGAUUCGUUUGUGCAAUUUAAGGUGCAGCUGGAUAUUCAGGUGGAUUUGAGACAGCUAUCAUGUUUGCAAAUUCUCGUUUCAAUUAGAACAACAGAGUCACUUGGUUUUCUCCUUGAAGCAUAACCUCUGCUAUCUGUGAUGCGCACUGAGCAUCUCACUGCAGCAAUAUGAAGUUAAUCUUUUUUUCUUGUUAUUUGUUUUUUUGGGGGGAACGCACACUGAUUUGAAUGUUUGUUAAAGUGCCAGUUUUAGCCUGUGAGCCUGUUCUUCCAGCUGUAGUUCCUUGUAGAUUUGGGUAAAGGGGUAGUGCAGUUAUUUCUUUCUUUUUUUUUUUUUUAUUGUGCUAUAUUUGCCUUCUCUGACUUUUUGAAUACUACCAUGGUAUUUAGUCCGAAACCCCAAAACAAUCUUGCAAGUAGCCCUGUGGGACUUGUGCACUCUGUACUUCCCAGAGAUAAACUGAUAUAUUGAUACUGCUGUGACAGUUUGUAGUUGAGAUUCUUCGCAGGAGAUUGUGAACCAGGCCAUAAUGUGGUUUUCUCCAACAACCAGGUAAAAUUUUAGCAGCUAAACCAACCUGGUGUACUUUGAUUGGCCAGAAAAGUUGAAAAAUGAUGGGAAGUAGUGAGAACUAACAAUGAAUGCCUUACCCAUGUGUCAUUUUUACAGCUGUAGUUCAGUGCUGCGUGUGUGUGCGUGCAUGUGCGUGUGUGUGCAUGUGUGUGUUCACUGUUAAACUGCAUCAAACCGUCCCAUAUCAUUCUGCAAAUUUCAGACUCAAAACUAGCAGGAGGAGAUCAGUCAAAGCCUUCAACACAAUCAAUUAAUAUUAGACUUUUCUACUGGAAUAUAUCGAUUUGGUUCCUAUGAAGCAGUGAAUAAAACAACUGCUUCAUAGAACCUGUUUUGUUAUUACAGAUUUACUGUAACAGUAUGAUCUACUGAUGAAUGAUUAAAGCAUCUGAUAGUUAUGGUUAACAAUUAAGUAGUUUCUGCCACCGUAAAUGAUAAUAUCAUCAGUCAUGGAAUUCCUGUCCUGAUUAUUUCAGUAAAAACUAAGAAUCUGGAGAGAAUAAUUAACACCAAGAUGUUCUGAUGAGGAAAACAUAGUUCCUCGUCAGAAAUGUCCUGUUUGAGUAGCCACACACUUGAAAACACAGUUCACUUAAAACUGAAAUCUUAUUAACUUAUUAACAUAUCAAAUGCACAUUUCAUGCAUGAUCAGACCCAACGACAACAAUGGUUAUACUGUUCAUGCAAGGAUCAGAAAAGUCUCUUCUGCUGACUGAUGCCAUUAGAUGACCGUUAACAUGAUAUUAACGCUGAGUCAAACUUACAUUCCCAGUGUAGGAAUGUAAUAAUCGCAUGUAACCUGUUUCACAGCAUGAAGCUGCAAGUAAAUCUGGUGGACAGACAUUCUCUGUUGUAUUAAACGGUUCAGUGUUUCUGUUUUCAUGGCAGUGGUAAAAACAUAACAUGCAAAAAUCUAAUUCAGCUCAUUGUUUGUUUUUCAUCCAUUCAUUUGAUGCUAACAUGUUCACGUUCUCAUGUUGUAGUUUAACUUUCUUCUAGUCUAGUUUUUGUUUUUUAAGUCACACCGUUUGUUUCUGUAGUGAACUGAACCAGGAGACAAGUUUAAUUACACAGCUCUUGAUUCGGUCGCUGGCUCUCUGCUCCAAAGCGUUUUACUGCUGUGUAAAUGUUAAUGAAUGGGAAACGGGACAUUACUCUGUAAAACUGUAAAAAUUUUUACUUAAGCGAUGUUUAUAGAUUUUUAUUUAUGGUGUCAAGGUAUGAAAUGUACAGAGGUGCUGUCAUGCACAGUCUUGUCUGCUUAUGUUUAGUAAAUGCUAUUUUUAAAUGUUGGGGGGGAAUAAAUGCAUUAUGAACAUUAAGAA